AUGCCGACGCAGUCCACCUGGCUCGCGGUGGCGUCUAUCGCAGGCAACUAUGGCGCGCGCGCUCUGACGCCCAUGCUGGCCCACAUCGUCUGCGUGGGAGCCCGCUGCGACGCCGCCGCGCUCGUGGGCGCCACGGCGGGCGCGUUUUUCGCGGGCGACCUCGUGGCGCAGCUGGUGGCGAAGGCGCUGGUGCAGAGAUUCUCCGGCGGGGCGCUGCUGGUCGCGGGCACUGCCGGCUGGGCGCUGCUGGCGCUGGGUAUCAUGCCGCUGGCGCUGCCGGACCCCCUGCUGGUCCUCGUGCCCGCCCAGUUCGCCCUCGGCUUUUUCUGCGGCCUGGGCUACCCCGCGGCGCACGCCGUGCUCGCCUCGACCGUCCCGGCGGCCACCCGCACCACGGCCGUGACCCUGGUCUCCGGCGCGGCGGCCCUGGGGACCAUUCGAGUAACUUCGGCUCGCCGCAGGCCGCCGAGGCCAUCGGCACGUGGCGCCCUACGCCCUCUUCGCUGCCGCCGGCCUGCUGACAUCGGCGCUCUCCCUGCUGCGCCUGCCAUGCGGGCACGUGCCCGGCCAGCGGGGCGGCGCCAGCGGGAUGCGCGACAUGCUGCGGGAGGCGGCGAUCUGGGUCCAGGACCCUUGUUUCCUCCUCGGCAAUCGCCGCGCUGGUCUUUGGGAUGUGGGCGUUCGGGGUCGCGAACGCCUUCCUCUUCACCUUCGUGCCCACCCUCUUCGUCGAGGCAUUCGAGGCCAGUGUCGUGGAGCUCGGGUGGCUGA